AUGGACACAUCAUUGAUUUACGACGAGGAAGUCAUCUAUGAAGACGACGACUUUUAUGACUACGAAGAUGAGAUUCUCGAAGUCGAAGAGGGCGUAUCCGUCAAGGAUUGUAGCAUUGAUGCGGCCAAGAACUUUUUGCUAGGAUUGUAUGGUGGCGAUCCGUCUUUGUUACGAAAGUCACAGUUUAUGGGCCUCGGUGGUGGUGGUUUUGGCGAUAUGGAUAUUCCAGCCUUUUCGCCUGAAUUGCCUGAAAUGGAACCUGAACCUUUCGAAAUGGAGUCUGAAAUUGAGACUGAAACGUUAGACAUUCCCAUGGAACAUGAACCUACUGCUAUUAUGACAGAGGACGAAAAGCCAACAGAACAUGAAAAGCCAACAGAAUCGGAAGAGGCUGUCACCACGGCACCUGAAGAUCUCAAGACAGAAAAGGAGAGAUCGUCAUCCAAGAAUAAAGAAGAAAAAGAUACCGAUGCCAAACAAGUGAAACCGAAAAAGGUCAAGUCGAAAGCGGCCAAGGAAGAGGAUGGUGAUGAUGAUACCAACUCGAAACGAAAGAGUCGUUCCUCCAGAUCCUCCUCUAAGAAAGAAAAGAGAUCUGGAUCUGUGGGUGCGUUGAGUCGAAGGAAAAUGAACAAGAGAAGCUCAUCGGUUCGAAGUCUGGGUGCCAUUGAAAAGACCAUUGCCAAAAUGCACGAACCAGACCCAUCGCCAGCCUCUACAAAAAAGAAAGUCAAGAAAGGUAAACGAAAGGGUGGAUCUUCAAGUCGUUCGCGAUCGCCUUCUACCAUUCAGGUCGAAGUUAUUGAUACGAAAAAGCCAUCCUCGCAAUCCUCAAACAUUACGUCGGAUGACCUUGACCUGGACACCCUGAGUCUUGCUGGAAGCAAUGACGACACCAAUUCGAACCGAUCCAAUCGUCUUCUUGCAAAUGACGACAAUAACUCGAACCGGUCCAAUCGAUCUUCCAAAUCCAAGAGCACUUCCAAACGAGGUCGUCGAACCAAAAGUGGUAGUAUGGCUACUGACACUAAGAAGGAUGACAAAAAGGAGGAGGAGGAGGAGGUGGAAGAUGAACCAGUCAAGGAAGAAGAAGUCAAGGAAGAAGAAGUCAAACCUCCCGAGCCAACUCUAGAAGUUUCCACACCGAAAAAGUCCAAAAAGACCAAGCGCAAAGAUUCAAGAUCCAAGUCACCCAUGAAGAAUAGGGACUCGGGUCCAAAGUCACCAACGAAGAACAGGGACUCGGGCCUAAAGUCACCAACGAAGAGCAGGGACUCGGGUCCAAAGUCGCCAAUGAAGAAAAAGGGAAAGACCGCCAACAAGGAAGAAGAAGAAGAGGAAACUCCUGUAAAACCAUCGUCCCAGUCGUCACUCGUGAGCAACGACUCGAUUUCCUUGGAUGGCACCACAAAAUCCAAAAAGCGCGGUUCCAAAAAGUCCAAGGGAGGAAAGAAAUCCAAAUCUUCCUCGAAUGCUAGUAGCAAAGCAGCGAAGGGAAUGUUACAGGAAGAACCACCAAAGGAAGAAGAUUCAUCCCCAAUGGAAGAAGUGUCCAAGGCGGUGGAAAAGAAGGUCAAGAAGAAAAAGAAAAAGAGUGGCUGCAGCAAAUCACAAGAUGCACCAACCGAUGGAUCCAUGACCAGUGGGGACUUUUCAAUAGAUGAAUCAUCGGGAGCAGAGGUUGUCGAUCAAAUUGACAAACAGGAGGUCAUUGAAGAGAAAGAAUCGCCAGCACCCCUUGCCGAAUCCAGAGACGAACCAGAACCUCUCAAGAAGACCAAGAAGGAGAAACUAAAGAAUUCUGCGGCUACUUCCAGACAAUCUCCGGGCACCACCGAAAAGGAAGCACUAUCCACAAAAACAUCCAGUCAGCCUUCGAUUCAAUCCGAGACGGGAUCUGUAUCUUUGGCAUCCUCCUUGCAAGAUUCCAAGCCAGCACAGCAGCAGGUUCUUCCACCGCCACCACCCACGCCCUCGAUUAUUGAAGAUUCGGAAUCGGUGGUUUCUGAAUUGGAGUCACCCUAUCUAUCAUUGCCAUCCAAAAAGGUCGUUACCAACAAGGAACUUCCACGUCCUAACUGGUGCCCUUCUCCUCUUCCCACAAACAAGCUCAUGUCGGAAACCAACUCUUUGUCCAGCAAGGAUCGACGAAAGUUAAUUCGUCAGUCUAUGAUGAUGUCCACAAGGACUGGCAUCAAGCAGAUUCCGGAAAUUGGCGACCUGCCUACUGACGUGUGA